AUGCCGAAGUCAAAACGAGAUAAAGAAGUAUCCCUGACGAAAGUUAAGAAGAAAGGGCGUCUUAUGAAAGAAAAUCUGAUGAAGGAAGUUCGAAAGCUUGUUGACUUGUAUUCGAAUAUUGUUGUUUUCACUGUGCACAACAGCCGGAGUUCGAGGCUUGCCGAAUUAAGAAAACAUUUUUCAGACGACAGGUUCCUUUUUGGCCGAAAUAAAGUAAUUGCCGCUGCCUUUGGAAAGACGUCAAAAGAUGAGUGCCAUCUUAAUCUAAGUAAAGUUGGCAAACAGUUGAUCGGUCAGUGUGGAAUAAUGUUCACCAACCGUCCCCUGUUGGACGUGGCGGAAUUUUUUAAAUCUAAUUCAGUCGACGAAUAUGCUCGUUCUGGAAGUGUUGCUGCGGAAGCUUUCAAGAUAGAUGCGGGUCCUCUAGAACAGUUUCAAUUCUCCAUCGAACCGUAUCUCAGAAAAUUAGGCAUGCCUACAGUACUUGAAAGAGGAAUUAUUAAACUGCCGCAAGAAUAUACAGUUUGUGAAAAAGGAGAUAUUCUCACUCCGGAAGCUGCAAAAAUUUUGGUAAGUGUUCUGCGGGAUAGCUUCUAUGAGCUUGACGGGUUAAACUGCACUUUGGUUUUAAUAUGUUUUUAA